AGUUGUUGUUUAGAUUCCGAACCGGUUAGGUUGUUUCGUUGUUGGUUGCGCGCUCUCAGAAAGCUCCGUGAAUAAAUUUUGUAGUGAUUGCUAGUGGAUUCGGUGUGUCUCUGCGGUGAAUCGUGAUCCUUGUGACGUGCACGUAUGCCAGCAGGAUGACCAAAUAGUGUGGAAAAAAGUGGAAAAGCUUACAAAUUAAACCCAAAAAGCGUGUCUGGUGGAAUCCCUUUGUUGGAUUCCGCUUAAAGUGCAUUUGUGUGUGUGGGUGCGUGCGUGUUGGUGCAAUGAAGAAAUUGUUGGUGGUUUGGUUGGGUGUUUGGUGGGCCAUCCUUGUGACCGCUGUGCACCGGCACGAAUCCACGGAACUCCUCGAUGACCUCUCCCUGCCACAUCACAACCGUUGCGAACCCAUCACGGUGUCCGUAUGCAUGGAUAUGCAGUACAACACCACCAUCAUGCCAAACCUCAUUGGGCACACGAAGCAGGAGGAGGCGGGCAUGGAACUGGUGCAGUUUAUGCCACUAAUCAAGGUCAACUGUAGCCCCGACAUCCACUUCUUCCUCUGCACCCUCUACGUGCCCAUCUGCACGGUUCUAGAUCGUCCCAUACCACCGUGUAGGAAUCUCUGUGAGAGCGCUCGUCUCUGUGAGGAGAUCAUGCAGCGCUUCAACUUCCACUGGCCCGAAAAUCUCGAAUGCUCAAAAUUCCCCGAAGCCGGUGGUGAGGAGAUCUGUGUGGCGGAGAAUACAACCGCCACAACAGCUACCCCCACUGUGGGUCCACCACCGGGUACGGGUAGCAAAUCACGCCGCAUUAACGUUCACAAGGGCGCGAGUGAGCACACGGGUGUAGGACCCUACAGGAAUAUUGGCUUCGUGUGCCCGGUGCAGCUGAAGACCCCACCUGGGUUGGGCUAUGAACUCAAUGUGGGCGGAAAGGUAACAAAGGACUGUGGUGCACCGUGCCAUCUUAUGUUUUUUGCGGAAAGCGAGAGGACUGUUCUGCGGUACUGGGUUGCUUCUUGGGCAGCUGUUUGCUGUGCCAGCUGCCUCUUCACCGUUCUCACUUUCCUCAUUGACCCAUCGCGCUUCCGCUACCCAGAGCGACCCAUCGUCUUCCUGGCCGUUUGCUACCUCAUUGUGGGCUGUGCCUACGUGGCGGGACUCGGUGCUGGGGACUCGGUGGCGUGUCGCGAACCAUUUCCGCCGCCAGUUAAGAUUGGACGCCUCCAGAUGCUCUCAACCAUUACACAGGGUCAUCAACAAUCAAAUGCCUGCAUUGUCCUCUUCAUGGCACUUUAUUUCUGCAGUAUGGCCGCCUUUGCGUGGUGGGCCUGUCUAGCUCUAGCGUGGUUCCUAGCGGCUGGACUCAAGUGGGGUCAUGAGGCCAUUGAGAGCCGCGCCCACCUCUUCCACGCCGUCUCCUGGGCCAUUCCCUUCAUCCAGACUGUGAGUGUUCUGGCACUGGGAAAAGUCGAAGGUGAUGUUCUGUCGGGAGUUUGCUUUGUUGGACAACUUGACACCCACUCUUUGGGUGUCUUCCUCCUUCUGCCACUCUGCAUCUACCUCGCUGUGGGUGGACUCUUCCUCCUUGCGGGCUUUGUAUCCCUCUUCCGGAUACGCACAGUGAUGAAGCACGAUGGGAAUCGUACGGAUAAACUUGAGCGCCUCAUGAUGCGCAUUGGCUUCUUCAGUGGACUCUUCAUCCUUCCGUCAGUGGGUUUCCUGGCGUGCCUCUUCUACGAGUACUACAGCUUCGACGAGUGGAUGAUCCACUGGAAUCGGAGUAUGUGCACCAAAUUCAGCACACCCUGUCCCCUGCCAAGGCCCCAUAGGGACGAUCAGAAGCCCAUCUUCCAGAUCUACAUGCUAAAGUACGUCUGCAGUAUGCUCGUGGGCGUUACGAGUAGUGUGUGGCUGUGGUCGGGUAAGACGGUGGUAAGUUGGCGCCUCUUCAUUGAGCGUCUUCAGGGCAAAGAGGGUGCUCGGAGUCGCGCCACGGCGUACGUGUGAGAGUCCCGAGGCCAAAGACUUUUUUUCUCCAACUCACGUAUUUGGGCGAUGUGGCGGGAAACGAAGGGGUUGAGUCAUUUUGAUGAUUUCGGUGCACGCUCACCCGAAAACAAUAGACAUUUCCUCCAAUUGUCACGUUUGACAUCGUCCAGAAUUCAUAACACGUGAAUUUUCUAGAAUUCUUUUGUGAGACAAUCAGCGUUGCUUUUAUUUUAUUUUUUUUUUUUUUUUGAAAUAUAAGAAGGUAUCAAGGCACGAUAUUUGAGUGAAGACAAUUCAAGAGAAUAAUUUGAUCCUGGCAUAGUUUUUAGCAAAAUUUAAAUUUAGAAUAAACUGACAUUUAAGGAAAAUUGAAUUUUUUUAAUGAAAUUAUGGAAUAGAAAUUUAUUUAAUGUAUUAUUGCGUUUAAAAUAUUGGAAAUAUCUUAUUUUUAUUUUCUUUAAAAGACAAUUUUUAUAGUAAAUUUUAUUGAACAUCAAAUCGAAUUUUUAAAAAAAAAUCUAACUUCCUCAGCAGAUUUCUUGAAACCUUCUUGAUGUCUUCUUAAGGAACAAGAGCAAUGCUGAUUCUCUUAACGUAAAAUUAAGAUUAUAAAAAAUGAAUAUACAAGAACUAAUCUAAUGGCGUUGUAGCCAUUAUUUUUUUUAAAUUUAGAAACUAGAAUAAAUCUUUUAGAAAGGAUAUUUUUUUCUAUUUAGUAAUGCUGUUUCAAAGACUGAAUUCAGCUCACAUAAAUCACUUGAUGGAAGUCUGUUAGAUUAGGAUGUAUCCCAAGCACGCAUGUUUUACAUUUAUCUGAAAAUUUAUUCGAAAAUUGAUCAAUUUUUGAGCAAUAUUUGGUCAAAUAUUUUACGUUUUUUUUUACGGAGUUUAAAAACGAAUUUUGAACAAUUUUAUUUAUUAUAAAAUUUUAAUUUAAAAGAGUCCCUUCCCUUUUAAAUUUAUCUACUAUAAAUUCUAGCUUCACACUCCAGAUUUCAUAGAGAAAUUCUUUUAUAAAAUUGAAUAAAAUAUCCCCAUUCAACAUAAGUUUGAAAGAAACUUUUCACAUUAAAGUAUUAAUAUGCUAAUUAAGAACUUUUCCUUCAUUAAUUUUCUCUGUGUUAAUUCGUGACCUUUUUGCCCUGGAAAUAGAAGAAAAAUUAAAAAAAAAAAAAUAAGAAUAAGAGAAAAGACAAAACUUUCAGCAGAGAAAUUAAGAGUAAAGCUCAAGGUAUUUGAUAAACUUCGUAGUGAAAAAUUUUUAAUUUUUGAAUUUUAAAUAAAGCUCAAUUACAGCGUUCCCCGCAGUAUAUAUCUAACAUUCUUUCAAUAAUUACUUUCAAGCUACGUUGAAACUCUUUUUAUCAGGGCUAAUAAAAUGUUUAGGAUCUUCUUAAGUGAUUUUGAGUCAAUUUUCAAUGAAAAAUUUAAAAUUUUCUGUCCUUUCAAAUAAUCAAAUAUUGGCUUAAGUUGAUUACUAAGUCUGGCUUAAGUUUAGGCUAGCAUAGGUUUUCCUAAACCCAAUUUAGGUUUUUUAGGCCAAAUUUAAGGUUUCUUUAACCAUGCUUUAGUUUUUCAAUGAUCAGAUUUUUACGAUUUCAAAGUUAGAAGUCAGGCUGAAUCGAGGUUAAAUCUUUCCUAACCUUAAAAUCUUAAAGGCCUCAAAGAAUUUACCUAAAAAAAACUUAAGCAAUGCCCAAAAUCGUAAAGUUUGGCGUUAAAACUUAACCUAUUUUAAGAAAAAUUAAGCUUUUAAGGCUUUGAGAAACUUAAGCCGGGUUUUAUUCAGAUUUUCUUCAUUCCCCCGAAUGAGAAAUUUUUCCAUAAAACAGUGAUUAAACUUCUUUGCUCCAACAGAAUAGAACGUAGUAUAUACCACAAAGCUCCACUGUACUACCUAAAAACCCAUAAAUGUGUGUCUGGGAUAAACUUGUUAAUAAAUAAUGAAAAAUACUCACUGUCAUAGAAAAAAUAGAAAAAAGAAACUAUCACUAAAACUAAUUCGGUAAGAAAAAUAUCGAGCUUUAUGUAAAUUAAAAUUAAGGAAAAACCUAUAUAUGUAAAUGCCUCAGACUAGAGUUUCCCCUGCUAGAGAAUUUUCUGCGCUUUUUAUGGUGCAUUUUUUCUAAUGAGAAAAAAGCCAAGAAAAUUGUAAUGAAUUUAAAAAUUAAAAAAAAAUCAAUCACAAUUUGUAAAUAAUUUGUCGUUUUAUCAUCACCAAAAUUUUUUGUAAAUAAAAUGUUUUCAUUACAUGUUAAGGCUAUAUAUGUAUGAGACCUAAAGGUAUGAAUUUUAAGUAAUUUUAGUUAAAAAAAAGAAAAGAGAAAAUAUUUUAUGAAUUUUGUAGAAUAUUUUGAAAGAGGUAAAAGAACAAGUAAAAGAGAAAUAUCAUUAAGAAUGACUGCCAAAAAUGUCUCAUAGAAUUUUUAAGGACACUCUGUGUAAAAUUUUAGUUCACUGUAAGCAUAAAAAUAGGUGGCUAACAUCCCUCUUUUUUGUAGUUGGAUUUCAUGUACAGAAGAUGAGAGAAAAAAAAGAAAAUGUCGCAAUAUAGAAUGAAAAAUUGUACAAAA